GCGCUUCCCGGGCAAACUUAAGGUGUUCGCCCUCCCUGCCCUGCCCUGGAGAGGGCUGGGACUUUAGAUUGCGGCCCUACUGAUCCCGCCUACCGUAGGUAGGCACAUGUAUCAGGGCUACAUGGCGGCGGGUAAAAUGAUUUCAAAUUUUGCGACUUGUUGCAUUGUACUGCUCAGAGGCACGUGUGCGCUGUCAGAACUUUCCGUGAAGAUCCUCGCACAGAAGCGAGUUGAACCUCUACAUCGCCUUUUGUCGUCGCUUCAAACUACCUUAUACCCGCCCACGGCAAAUGUCGAUGUCGAGAUCCAUGUGGACCAAUUACCCUCUGAGGGGUUUCAUCUCUGGUCGCGGAGGUCCGCGCGGGAUAUAGAACAACGUGAAAAGGUUCUCGAGCUCUCUGACAAUUUCGUGCGAAACUGGAGUCACGGUAAUGCCAGAGUUGUGAAGCUAGAGAAAUGGCAUGGUGUCCGAGGCAUGUGGCUUGCUUGUGCUGAUCCUGGAUUAUAUGGCGAGGAAUUCUCGCGCUUUGUGAUUUUCGAGGAUGACGUUGAAUUAUCCACUGCCUGGUACGUAUUUCCCCAGCUGCCUAUGCUCUGAAUCACCACCUAGGUUUGAAUAUCUUGCAGCAGCACAUCGCGCGUACUCGAUGAGUACCGGCAUUGCUGGGAUAUCACUUCAGCGUCAAGCGGGUCGCAUGGAUGCCUACCCCGAAGAACUCGAGGGCAAACGAGUUCGCCCUGGCAAGAAUCAGCCGUUGGCUGCAUUGAAGCCAACGACAUACCGCGAUACGCUCUAUCUAUUCCCACACGUUGGUAGCUGGGGAUUUUCACCAGAGCCUAAAGUGUGGCAUGAUUUUUUGGACUGGUUUAAAAAUCUUGAGGAUGUAGAUGCCCCCGAGAACUGGGUAACGCUAGUAGAUACGGGCAAACAAGUGAAUCCAAAGCGUGAAUCCCUCCCGUCUAGGUGGUAUAGGCACGCGUUGAGCUCGCAGCGUGGUGAGCUGGGCAUCUCGCAGGGGGGGGUGGCAGAGACAACUUCAAGCAUGUGGACAGCCCACUUUGAUACAUUUUGCAUGCAACGAGGUUUGUUUACAUUGCACCCUCAUCUCUUUGUAUCCCAGGAUGAUGGGGGCGAUUCGUUGGAGGUAGGACUUGCCAGGUCAUGGCGGGAAGAUGGAGCUCACUAUCGGGGCUUCAAUACACCAGAUAGUUCCUUGCUUAGCCUGAAAGCCUGGCGAACUAAGUAUUUAUCUGGCUCGCUUACUGGUUUGUUUUUACCCGAUGAUGAAGUAGCACGGUUGACCCACGGGGGUGAGCGGCUUUCCAGUUCCGACGUGGCAUAUUUAAAGCGGCAAUACGCAGCUAACAAUCUCCAGCUCUCUGUGAAUGCAGAAGGCCGGCGCUUGUUUGACUUGGACGUGUAUUGGAAUUUGGAGAGCUCCAUAGCACUCGAUGAUUUGACACAUGCAGUGAAUGGAAACACGUUUGGGUACUAUAAUCCACUCUCCACGAUUACUCAAACCCAGGCACACUGUAUUCUUGGGGGGAAGUCGGUCGCCAUUUUGGGUGAUUCCAUUUCCCGAUAUUUUACUUACACAUUUAAUCAUUUUUUGGAGCACGGUGUGAUUGCCGCCGAAUGGGGGGAGCAAAAUGGCGGCUGUGGAAAGUGGGGAUGCGGUAACAGAGCAGAUGGCGAGGCAUGCUACGUCGGACCCUACUUUGAUUGUGGCACAACUUGGACCGACGGCACGGACCGUUCCGGCAAAGCAGAUCACCGCCAACACAUUACAGCAACCAUAGAAGGAGGUUACGGCGAAAUAAAAACUACUUUCUACUUCAUUCAGGAUACAUGGUAUGACGCCCUGCAAACUGAAGCUGCAGCAAUUAAAGACCACGAUGUGGUGAUUGUAAAUUCUGGCUGGUGGGAGCUCAAAGAAGACGACGACGACGAUCACAGGUCAGAUUCUUGCUCAUUUGACGACGACGAUGAUGUUUCUGACUUUUACACUGAUUCCGAUUGCCUAGAGUCCUAUGAGGACGACCUUAACGAUCUGGUCGAAAGUAUAUUAAAAUUCUUUGUUGUUGACGCUGAGAAGGCCGUGAUAUGGCGCCAAGUAACCUGUUGUGGCGUCAACUAUAUCGACUCCAGGCAGCGCAUAGGCGCCAUUGCUGUUGGAGCCAUGAAUGCGAUCGCAGACAAAGUCAUGGCUGACAACUCGAUUGAUACUGUUGCCGUGUACCAAAUGUCCAAUGUUGUCAAUUUGAUAAGUCGCACCUUCGACAACUUUCAUCCUCGUUCCAAUCAGUUGCAUGUCUGGACACAGCUAUGCCUCAACAAAAUUGCGAAGCAGCUCAACAAGGUUGAUGAAUGUCUCGUUUCUCCAUCAUCUACUCCAUCAGCAAAGCCUGCCCCAACUCUAGGCUCAAACCCUACAACGCCGUCGCCCUCUCAUGGACAGCUCCCGUCUGCAUCAGGCACACCAUCACCAACAGCGCAUCCGGCGACCGCAGCACCGAUGGUUGUGACGCCAAGACCGACGAAAGCUCCAUACCCAUGGCCAACCAAACACCCCACUGAGGAUCCUAAUUUGAACAUGGACUCUUCAGGAUAUGACAUGGGUGAAGAUGUGCGCGAGGCUUCAAGAUCUCAGACCUUGAUGGUCGGUAACCAGACAUUUGAAUUUACCUGUUUUUCAUCAAAUGACGGAAUCACGUACAAAAACAAGCCAGCCUUGGACUUAGGAGAGUGUCCCACGGCUGGACAGAAAGUUUUAUUGGCAAUAUUCAUAGCUUCCUUGGCCUCGUACGUGAUCGCGCUGAUGCUGAAGCCACCAGGCACAAAAGGGUCUAGCUUGCGUGCAUUUCAGGCGUCAGCAAGUAACUCCACGGGGCCAUCUACAGCCAGCAAGACCGAGAUAUCUACUUUAGAAGACGAACUUUCUAACUCUGCACUUCAAGUUCUUCGCCAGAUGGAGGACAUCGAGGUUCGGUCUGGACCAAGCCAGCUCGCAUCCGUUGCUGAGUGCAAAAAUGAAAGCUGCGAUUUUUCGGGCAAAGGCUCUGAAAGCUGCAACACAAAGGUGACAGCAUCACGGGCCGUAGCUCGACAACGAUCCUCAGCGCAACGAUCAGGACUAAGGGUUUCCUCCAUACGUGAUGGGAGCCACCACGCACCCCGAACUUCGGUAUCUUUAGUCAACAAGACUCUUUCGGUCGCUGGUGCAUCUGUCCGCACAUCGUCUUACGCGGAACCCCAUCUUGAUCCUAAGGUUUCCUCGGUUGCAUUUUCUUUCUAUGAUGGCGGAGACUCAGACGACGAAGAAGUUGCACCGAUCAAUGCAGCCGUCCUAGAUAUAUCAACUGGUAGUAAGCACGGACAGCAGGCUCGUGAGACUGCUCGGACAGCUCUCGAGUUUGCAUUCCUGCUGAUGGUCUGCGUUGUCGGUGAACAUCGCAUGCCAUCUGGCUUCCUACCUGCAGGAACCACGAUAGCACCCGAGAAUCCUGAUCUCUGGUCCUUUAUCAUGGUUCUAGUUUUUCUCGUUUCGCUGCUCAAUGUGGAAGUCCUCGAAGAAGGAACCGAGGUGUUCUUGUCGCGCGCCCAGGCCAAUGAGUGGAAAGGCUGGAUGCAGGUUGCAUUUGUUGCCUAUCACUAUACAAACAAUAAUGACGUCUAUGUUCCGAUACGUUGGUGCGUCUCUGCCUAUGUCUGGCUCACCGGCUUUGGGAAUGGAGUUUACUUUUGGUCAUCGGGUGAUUUCUCAUUCAAACGCUUCGCCCAGCAACUUUGGCGCAUGAACUUUCUUUGCCUUUUUCUCUCGCUUUCGACCGGUACCCCCUGGAUCGAAUACUACUUUGUUGCCCUUGCCACGGUUCACUUUACACUUAUUUGGGUCUCGUUGGGUCUGGCCAGGGCCUUUGGCCACUUUGUUGCAGAAUGGGAGAAACCCGACAAGAAGGAAAGUAGAGAAGCAUGCUAUGUAGAGAAGGCCCUUGGGUGUGGAAUUAUGAUUGGUCUUUGUUGUCUCAUCUGGCUUGAUCCUCACAACGACGGAGAGGGUGUUUACGACGUUGUUUUUCGCCCGAGUCUUCUUACCAUAUCAGAGCACACAGAAUGGUACUUCUGGAUGCGCACAAAAAUGGACUUCCUCUCUUCCCUUCCCGGCCUUUGCUUCGCUGUUGUCUAUACACCCUUUCGAGACUCCUGGCCAUAUGGUAUUUCACGCACUGCACGCUGGUGUAUUGGGCUAUUUUCUAGUCUUCUAUUUGCGGCAGCGAUAUGGAUUAGUCAGCUGAAACAAUAUUGCUGCAAUGGUGGUGCCGAUUAUCGCACCGUGAAUCCGUACAUUGGCACCCUCUGGAUUCCUGUUUACCUCCUGUUACGCAAUUGUAUGCCGUGGCUUUCUCGUCGUAUAAUGAAGCCUAUUGAAUGGAUAGGAAUGCAUUCAUUGGAAUUUUAUCUUCUCCAGUUUCACAUAUUUCUAACAUCAGCCUCCCAUCGUAUCCUCUAUAUCAUUCCUAAGGAGAGUUGGGGCUACACGAAUAUGUGCAUUGUUGGAUGCAUUUACUUUGUCGUCGUCAUUAAGGCUCUCGAAGUUACCAACGUGCUAAGAAAUAUUGCCUGGCGUGCGAGCCGCAGGAAAGUAAUUCUCUCAACUCUAUGGACUAUCGGUGCCUAUACGACGCUUGCAGAUGCCAAUUGGGACGAUGGCACAUGCUCGCGUCUGUCAUGGGUACUCUGGUUGAUCUGGUGUGCUAUAGUAACAGGCCUUUUUGCAUAUUGGACCAUAGCCGUGUAGCAAUGCCGUGGGUCCUGUACUAUUUCUCGAGGCGCGGCAGAAAGUCGGGUGGUGAAACAAUGCAAUUCAUAGCGGAUAUCUUAGGUCCCCUUCCGACCAACUCGAAGAUGGUUCCGCCCGCCGCAAAGUACGCCGCGUUCUCCCAUUAAAGAGUGCCAAUCUGAGUAGGACGUAUAUACGAUUUGGGGAGUACUACUAGUAGCCACGACGCCAAACCAACUUGGCAAGAUCCAUUUCCCUAACUUGAACUUAUCCCUAUCUAUUAUCCCUCUCGGC